AUGCAAAUUACACAACCAGGAAUUACGGAAACUGCUUUACAAGGUCAUAUAGAAUACCAAAUGCGCAGCCGAGGCUGUUCUGUCGGGUAUCCUCCUGUUGUUGCUGGAGGGAGUAGAACAAACGUCAUUCAUUACAUGAAAAACAAUAUGAGGAUUGAGAAUGGGGAAUUGGUUUUGGUGGAUGCUGGAUGUCGCUUUAACGGGUAUACGUCCGAUAUUACUCGAACUUGGCCAGUAAACGGAAACUUUUCGGCACCCCAAAAAGUUAUACAUGAAAUAUUAGUUGAUGUACAGAACUCAUGUGCAUCUUUAGCCUCUCCUGAACAAAGUCUGCAAGAUGUAUAUCAUCAUAUGCUGUCUGAAAUAGGACGACACUUAAUAAGUGAGGGGAUUAUCCCAGACCAGGACAAGUUGCAUGUUGCACAAAAGAUAUGUCCACAUCAUGUCGGACAUUAUCUUGGUUUAGACAUUCAUGAUACUCCUACGAUACCUAGUACAAAACGUUUCGAAGCAGGCGUUGUGUUCCCUUUAGAACCAGGUAUUUACUUCAGAGAUGAGUUGGCGAAACUGGGCGUUUCGAGAGACUUUCUGGGCAUCGGUAUGCGAGUAGAAGACGAUUUCGUCAUGUCAAAAACUGGCUGCGCUGAGAAUUUAGAACACGUCAAAGAUGAUUUAUUAUUGGAAGAAGCCUAA